UGCCGCGCGGUAGUCAGGGAGCAGUUGCGGGGUCCUGGUUGCAACUGAGGUGGGAGCGGGGCCCGGCGGGCUGUGCGGGACCGGGAGGGCUGUGCAGGCUCAGCCGGACCCGGGAAAGCGGGCCUGCGCGGCGGGAGGGCCUGUCUGCAGGGGCAGGAAUCAAACGUAAUCGCUCCCCGGGGAAGGGGGCCCGUCCUCGACUCCGGCUCUUCCGCUCUUUGCUUAACUUUGGGGUGUGGCGAGGGUUACCGACGGGACUUUCCUCCGGGUCUGGAUGUGAAGGAGAUUCGUAGCCACGAUGGGGUUCUUCUAGUCUUCCUCGUGGCUUUCGGGGUAACACUACACAUGUCUGUAAUCCGGAUUAUCCGCGGUGACCCAGGGCCUCCUCUGCUGCCCGUCUAAGUUAAAGGCCUAUCCAAACUUCCUCUUCCUUUGCCGCCCCCUGCCAGCCAGAAGAGACCCCCCCGGGGGAGGGGGUCGGGGCCAUCACGUUGCCGGUGAGGUGUAAAAGACUGUGUAAGGCUUGUUAAUGUGAGUCUGUCAAAGAAAAGGCAGGAUUUUGUGGAUUGCUAUAGGGUGAGUGUGGGGUGAAUCUCAGAGCCUCAGAAUGUCAGGGAAACGGAAGCGUGUGGUGUUGACCAUUAAGGAUAAACUUGAUAUAAUAAAGAAACUUGAAGACGGGGGUUCUUCCAAACAACUGGCAGUGAUUUAUGGCAUUGGUGAAACAACAGUUCGAGACAUAAGAAAAAAUAAGGAAAAGAUUAUAACUUACGCAAGUAGUUCCGAUUCCACUAGUCUUCUGGCCAAGAGGAAAUCGAUGAAGCCAUCCAUGUAUGAGGAACUAGACAAAGCAAUGCUGGAGUGGUUCAACCAGCAAAGAGCAAAAGGGAAUCCCAUAUCUGGACCCAUUUGUGCAAAAAGGGCAGAGUUUUUCUUUUAUGCUUUGGGAAUGGAUGGUGAUUUCAACCCCUCUGCUGGUUGGUUAACUCGUUUUAAGCAGCGGCACAGCAUCAGAGAGAUUAACAUUAGAAAUGAAAGAUUAAAUGGAGAUGAGACUGCGGUGGAAGAUUUUUGUAACAACUUUCGAGAUUUUAUUGAACGAGAGAAUUUGCAGCCUGAACAAAUCUACAAUGCAGAUGAAACUGGACUCUUUUGGAAGUGCCUACCUUCCAGGACUUCUGUAAUCAAAGGUAAAGGUGCCAUGUCAGGACAGAAAUCAAUUGAAGAAAGAGUCACCAUCAUGUGUUGUGCCAAUGCGACGGGUUUACACAAACUUAAACUUUGUGUUGUGGGGAAAGCAAAGAAGCCUCGCUCCUUCAAGUCGACUGAUACCUUAAAUCUGCCAGUUUCUUACUUCAGCCAAAAAGGUGCAUGGAUGGAUCUUUCCAUUUUCCGACAGUGGUUUGACAAGAUUUUUGUUCCGCAAGUUCGAGAGUACUUAAGAUCCAAAGGACUGCAGGAAAAGGCUGUGCUUUUGUUGGAUAAUUCACCAACACAUCCAAAUGAAAAUGUUUUGCGAUCAGAUGAUGGCCAAAUAUUUGCUAAAUAUUUACCACCUAAUGUGGCGUCAUUGAUUCAGCCCUUAGAUCAGGGGGUCAUCUCAACAAUGAAGAGAAACUAUCGUGCAGGCCUUCUCCAGAACAACUUGGAAGAAGGCAACGACCUGAAGUCGUUCUGGAAGAAGCUAACUCUGCUGGAUGCGCUUUAUGAAAUAGCAAUGGCAUGGAACUUAGUAAAACCAGUUACCAUCAGCAGAGCGUGGAAGCAGAUUCUCCCUGUCAUAGAGGAGAAAGAAGGCUUGGACUUUGAUGAACAAGAUAUUUCUGUGGCUACUGUGGCCACCAUUUUACAACAUACCAAAGGCUUGGAAAAUAUGACGACUGAGAACCUUGAAAAAUGGUUUGAAGUAGACAGUACUGAACCAGGCUAUGAAGUGUUAACUGACAGUGAAAUCAUCAGAAGAGCACAAGGCCAAACAGAAGAAUCUAGUGAAAAUGAGGAGGAGGAAAUAGAACUGAUCCCAGAGAAGCAUGUUAAUCAUACAGCUGCCCUACAAUGGACUGAAAAUUUGUUGGAUUACCUAGAACAACAAGGUGAUAUGAUUCUACCUGAUAAACUGGUAAUACGUAAACUUCGAGCCACCAUCAGAAAUAAACAGAAGAUGACAAACUCAAGUCAGUAAUGCCAUUUCUAGUUUUAAUCAUUGUUUUGAUAAUUGUGUUUAUGACUUUAAAAUAUGGCAUAAUUUUCUUUGUAUUCUGAAUUCUCACUGUCCUGUGAAAUACAGAUACAGAAAUGUACCAAGUGGUUUAAGGAUUAUGUGUUUUCAUCAUCUGUGUCUCAUCCCCUUGUGUAAAUAGUCAUAAAAUGAUUCUGUACAGAUAUAAAUUACAUGCACAUGUGUAUUCACUUUUGUAAGUCACCAGUUACCCUUCUGUAAUAAUAGCAUUCCCUAAAUUUUCUAACAGAAGUUAGAGGUAAGAGUGAACAGAUUGAGCACUUUCCCAAAAUCUUUUGCUUGAUUUGUGAAGGCUGCCACAGCUAAUUUUGUGCUAACCAUCUUAAAUGGUUGUCUGUUUUGCGUAUAUCGUAUAAGCUGACAGAAUGAGAAGGAACUGUGUUGUUAGAUUUCAAGAUGAUAUUUAAUAAUUUAAAAAAUGAAGUCUAGUAAUGAUGGGGAAACUGACCUAUGAAUUAUAAAAGUUGUUUAGGUUUCAUACAUCUGUUCUUUACUCUUGUAUGGGUAGCAAGAGGGGGAGAUUAUUCUGGAAAUUAAGUAAAUAUAGGAAGUAAUUACUAAAUGAAAAAUUCACAUAACUCAUAUAAAAAUACUCUGAUCAUUUGUAGGAAACAGGAAUUUAGAAUGUGGGGAAAAUGCUUAUUUAUACAAAGGGAAUAAAUAGGCUUUAAACAAUUUGGUCUUUGUUUAUGAAUUGGGUACCAAUGUAGGCUUAUUAUUUAUUCAUUUAAUUAUAGUACAUAUUUUAUAAUGUUAUGUAUUAUAUGAGCUUCCACAUUGCUUAGGGGAACAACAUCACUGGAAUAUGAAAGUUAAUAAGCCAUUUUGUUUUUUGAACUGAGUGCUUGGAAAUGUUAUAUGUAAUUUGAAAACUUUUGUCAAACCUGGUUCACUGAGAAUGAAAAAAAAAGAAAGGGGUAAAGUUUUUAUUUUAUAUAAAUCAUGUUUGUAUCCUGUCUUCCAAAGAAAGCAUAAAUAACUAUGGAAAGUGUCAGACAUUAAAGGGUGUUACUGUUUAUUAUUUUGAUAUUUGUGAAAAGGGAUUAUUCUAAAAUUCAAGACACAAUGUUGAUUUUUUUUCAGUAACUCAAUAGGUAUUUAAGACAUUAAAAGGCUGAAUAUAUUAAUAUCAAUUUGUAAUUGAAAAGCAAAAUGUUUCCAUUUCAUGUAUUGACCCAGAGUUUCAAAAAAAUUUGGAAUUACUUUUAGUCAUUUUCACAAAGUUUAUUUCAUAGAGAUCCUUAACACUUUAUAGUGCCUUUCUUAGGAUUCUAAAACUUUAAAAAGGUUUUAGCAUUCCAUAAUUUCUGUUACAUUUAUGAAAUAUGUGUCUAGAAUUUUCAAAAGACUUGUGAUGAAAACAUUUAACAGUUGUAUUCAUUGCAUGAAUUGUCUCAGUGCACAGUGAAAAAACACAUCAGGAGUUAACCAGGUAGUUACACAUUCUGCUAUAAGUUGUAUAUAAAAUAAUUUUUCUGAAGUAAAAAUAUAUACUAAAGAAGCUUUUUGAAAUUUGUGUCUGGAUCUGCCCAUUGUUUUCAAAAUUCUUUUCAGUGAAAUUCAACUGUAUCAUUGCCACCUAGUGGUUAAAUUUACAUUACUGUGUGAUCUAAACUUUAGUAAAGGAUUCACUCUUUUAUGGUCUUGAGUGUGAAUCUUGUGAUGCUCUAGCCUCUGAGAAACUGCUCUUCUCUGAAGUCUACAGACUCUGGGAGACUAGCAGUCCUGUUGUGGACCCUGCUGUCCAUAAUUAUAAAAGCGGCCAAUUUUUGAAUGCCACUUUGUAUUCUAAGCAGUGUAUGUAUUUACAUCAUUUAAACCUCUGUGAGUUAGAUAGAAGUACUGCUGCUCAGCUCAUAUUCUUAAUCGCUAUAGGUAAGAAUUUAAACCCAAGUGUUCAACUCCAAGCCUGUGCUUACAUUAUCCAAACUAGGCUAAUUGCUAAAUGUUUCAAUCUUCAGCAAUACAUUUUUUGCCCUUCUCAGGGUCUGACUUGACUUCUCUGUUUCCAAGUGUACUUUAGACAACCAUUACCCUUUUCCUUUACCUUUUAAUGAGAUUGUUCUUUCUUCUUCACUGUUCUGUAGUUACUCUGUUAAUCAACAACCUAAUAGCAUCUGAAUCUUGUAUCACUGCUUUCUGAUUUCCAGUUAGCUGUACUCAGUGAGGAUCCUUUCUUACUUCAGCAAUCUUGAAUCCAGCAUUGGGAAAAAUAAAGUUUAUGCAAAUAUUUCUCAAGUUCAUGAGGCAAUCUGGCUUUUGUUGGUAGAGUUCUUGUUUGGCCAAAGAUGAUGGAAAUUACUUUUACAAAAAGCACGCGAGUGUGUAUGUACUCAGUUUCAUACAGAGACAAAAUGGAAAAAGUAGGCCGGCGCCGUGGCUUAACAGGCUAAUCCUCCGCCUUGCGACGCCGGCACACCGGGUUCUAGUCCCGGUUGGGGCGCCGGAUUCUAUCCCAGUUGCCCCUCUUCCAGGCCAGCUCUCUGCUAUGGCCCGGGAAGGCAGUGAAGGAUGGCCCAAGUCUUUGGGCCCUGCACCCACAUGGGAGACCAGGAGAAGCACCUGGCUCCUAGCUUCGGAUCAGCAAGGUGCGCCGGCCGCAGCGCGCCGGCCGCGGUGGCCAUUGGAGGGUGAACCAACGGCAAAGGAAGACCUUUCUCUCUGUCUCUCUCUCUCACUAUCCACUCUGCCUGCCAAAAAAUAAAUAAAAAAUAAAAAAAAAAAAAAUGGAAAAAGUAAGCUGCCCAAAAUGAGACAGUAUGGGGAAGAGUGGAGGUUAUAGUUAAAUAGUAGAGGCAGUGGUUAGCAACAAAGAAAGCAAAAAUAAAAGGAAAUGUGGCUUGCAAUAAGGCAUGCAUUUCAGCAUUUUAGUACCAGGUUUACUACUUUAUGCUGCCUAAUCUUAGAUGGGAUCUGCAAUCUGUAGUUUUUUUUUUUUUUUUUUUUUUUUAGAUUUCAUUUAUUUAUUUGAAAGAGUUACAAGGAGAGUGAUAGAGGUUUUCCAUCUGUUGGCUCAAUCCACAAGUGGCCACAACCACUGGGGCUUGAGCCAGGCCAAAGCAAGCAGCCAAGAGCUUCAUCCAGGUUUCUCAUGUGGGUGGCAGUGGCCUAAGCAGUUGGGCCAUCUGCUGCUUUCUUCAGACCUGUAGCAGGGAGCUGUAUUGGAAGUGGAACAGUCAGGACACGGACCUGUUCCCAUAUGGGAUGCUGGCACGUUGCAGCUUUACCUGCUAUUACAGGAUGCCAGCUCCUAAUUUACUUUUAUCCUUUUUCCACCUAUGGAAUUAAGUCAGUGCCAGAUUAAAUACAUUUGAUCGAUUGUUGGAGCACCUGUCUGAUGAUGCCAAAAAAUUGCUUGGGUUCUAUAUUUUCCCCUAAAGUCAUAAACCCUUAGUUCCUUAUUCAUAUUCCUUCAGUACAUCACCAGAGACUAUGUUUGCCAUUCUAUUUCUCCAUUAAAAGAUUAGCUAUAGGCUUGUGUUCUGUCACCAGGUCUGUGAUUUUUUUUUUUUUUCAUUUAUGUGACUUGAUAGCACUUUCAUAAAGCGAACUGUACAACAUAAUGUUUCUUAGAGUUGCCAAGAUUUCUGGAGAGAUUUACCUUUAAUGUUUGAUGUGGGAAACUGUAAAGUUGUUCUUUGGCAGGAAAUAUUAGGGCUUUCUGGGGAGGGGAAGUGGUGAGGGAAACAUUCUUUGUUAAUGCUUAAAUCCAAUGACUCAAAAACUUGUUUUAAUGUAUGCCAAAGACUGCUGGGUGUGGUGGGGUUUAGGCAAAUAUAAAAGAAGAGGAAGAGGUUUGUGUCCUUGAGCAUCUUGAAAUCAAGAGAAAAAAAACAACAUUUUGAAGCAGUGAAUGAUGGCUCAAGUACUUGGGUUACUGCCGCCCAUGUGGGAGAUUUGGAUGAAGUUUCUGGAUCCUGGCUUCAGACUGGUCCAGCCCUGGUUUUUGCAAGCCAUUUGAGGAAGGAACCAGCCACAGAUCUCUCCUGUCUCUCUCCCUCUCCUUUGUCUCUUUUUCUAUGCACCAUUCUGCAUUUCAAAAUUAAUAAAAUCUGAAAAAAAAUUGAAACAACACAAAACCAUGUGAUUGAAUUGUAAGCUCAUAUAGAACAGCCAACGUAAUGUGAUUUAAAUUAUGUAAGGAAGCCAUGAAGAUCUAUUUUGUUUAUUCUUUCCUCCAGUGGCUCCUGUUCUGUAUACUCUAUAUUUUAAGUUUAACAUUCUUAGUUAUUCCUGCCUUUGAGCAUCCAUUUUUGUUACCUCCAUAUUGACCAUAUAGACCCUGUUUCCAGAAGUCCAGAUUGUUACCUUCACUGCGGAAGUGAAAUUUGGAAGAGAAAGCUGUUGUUUGGCUUCCCACCUAAUGAAUUUUCCAUUAGCAUUCUAAUGCCUGAGCCAUCUAGGUAAGCUAACAAAUUCAAAUAAUUAUAUAACUGCCAAAAUAAAGGUAAACUUCCUUGAUCUGAAAUAGCAAAAUAGAUGAUUGUUUUCUUCACAUACAGCCUUUCCUGGUGUACACAAUGCUCUUCCCUCUGACCAUUCCCUCCUAUGAGUAGUCAUUUUUUUUGUUUUUUGCUUUUUAUAUAUUCU